UAUAAUCAAAAUACUUCAAAAACAAAUAUGAGUGAUAACCCAGAAUUCGCCGAUGAGAUGGACCCCGACGACAUCAUCAAGCUCUCAGAUAACGAAGAAGAGAGACCUGAAAAGAAGCAGAAGAAAGAGAAGAAGUCUAAGAAACUACGCAAGAGUAAAUAAGCACAAGAAGAAUAAGAGGAAGUCUAAACACAACGACUCUGAAGAGAUCGAUGAAGGCCUGGAUGAGCUUGAGAAGAUGCAAGCUGAGAUGGAGAAGGAACAUCUUGAUGGAGACCUUGCUGCAGACCUUGAUAAUCCUGAUGACAAUAUUGAGAAAUUGGCACUUGUAGAAGAUGAUGAUGAUGAUGAGAUAAGGAUACCUGAGGCUGAAGAAGUUGAGGAUUUGGAGAUCGAUUGUAAGACAGAGCAUGCCAAGGUAGCGCAGAUCAUUGAUGAGAUGGCUGCUUGCAUUCAAGCUGAUAAGGAAAGUAACGAGAAUAAGAAGCCUGCUCUUAAGAAAUUAUCUUACUCUACAAAAUUAUUGAUGAGUUUAAAAGACUUCAAAGUUCAAGACUUGUUCCUAAAUUAUGGUGGGUGAAGAUACCUGGCAGAAUGGUUAGCCAAACUUCCUGAUGGAUCCUUCCCAUCCCUCAAUGUUAUUAAGGUUGGGCUUGAUAUUUGAGACUACCUCCCAGUCAGAAAAGACCACCUUGAAGGCUGUAAACUUGGGAAAUCAGUUGACAAAAUUCGGAAGAUGAAAGGUGGAAGCGAAGAACUAGUCAGGAAAGCUGGAGAAAUUGUCAGCAAAUGGAAAAGACUCUGGGCAGAUGAGAUGGCCAGUGGGAUUAGCCAAGAAGAGAGGUAUAGAGACUUCAAGAGAAGAAAGCAAUACGAAGCUGAAUACCAUGGUGCAAGAGCUGAUAAAAAGUUCAAGACCAAUGAAGAAGAUAGUGGAGAGGAUGAAAAUGAGGAAGAGAAAGAUACAAAGUCUAAGAAGAAAAAGAAGAAAGAAGAAGGGUUUCUGAUCCCUCAAAAGAAUCAGUUUGAUUUCACUUUUAAACCAACCUCAAAUGUUAUUAAGAAAGAUUUGAGAGUGAAACCAGACAGUGUUAGAGGACAGUUCAUUAGAGCUUCUUUGAAAAUGAAGAAGGACUUCACAUCCCAACAGAAGGCUACAUUCGCUGCUAUCAAGCCAAAUCUUAACCCCGACAAGGACUAA